AGAAAAGAAGGUCGUAUCAAAGGCCGAGAGUAGAAAAUCUGUCAACACUUUGCACGUAAAUUAUUUAGUUAGUUUCAGGUUAGAAGUUGGAACUGAGUCAAUCCCAGAACAAGAAACUAACUGUAAAUAGAUGGAGAGGUCGGUUUUGAAGAAGGAUUGUCUUGGCUUCCUUCUCGUGUUCUUGAUGAAGCGUCUUCUGAUUCUCAUCAUCUUCAGAGACAAGUCAAGCACAAGCAGCAUCAACAGAGACAUUUCCGACGUUCUAAACUGCCAGCAGAUCCACUCACAGCGUUUCGCCUUUGGAAAUGAUGAUUGCGGAUCUAUGGUGAUGAAUAAUUUAAGCCUUUCAAUUUUCAUUCUUGGACUCCUGGAAUGCGAGGAAGUAUUGCAAUCAAACCCUACUAGUUCAAGGCAACAUCACAAACCAAAGUACUCUUGUAAUCGGGCAUCCAGAGGAUCUGGAAUGCAAGCAAUUUUUUUAGAGUCAGGCCAAAAAUCUUGCGGGACUGGGGUUUUCUUACCACAAAGAGGAGGCACCAAUUGCCAACCAAGCAGAAAACCAGCUUGCUCUCCUGUCCUUCUUCCUUCCCGCGUUGUUCAAGCUCUCAAUCUCAAUGUACAUGCAAUAGGCCUACAAAUUUCACCGCGAAAAGAUUCCAAAGCUAACGACUUAAACUCAGUGAAGAAUAAAACUGGGAAGGAUGUGUCAACAAAAUGCUCCCAACAUCAUAUUUCUUCACCGGAGAUAUUUCUUCCAGAGGAAUGGUCUUACUAGUUCUCAAAUAAAGUGUGAUGCUCACCAUAAAACUCCAUAGAAGCAUAAUUAACCUCAAAAUAGAUUGAAAUGUUGUUGAUUUCUAUCUACAUUAUGUAUAAUGGCGUGCAAUGUAAAAUAAUAAAAGUCUGAAAUCGAUUAAUGUUUAUCAAUGUAAUACCAACAUAUGUUUAGUGAAA